UUCCUUGCUUGUUUGUUUGUUGUUCGUAGUUAUUUUCAUUAGUUUAACGAUUUCAACCCUUAAUUUAUAGUAUUUUACGUACCUACCUACAUUUCAGGUAUCAUCAAAUUAUUAAGUUAUGAUUAAUAAAUGAAAUAUGCUGUAAAGUACUUAACUACUUAGUAAAAUUACGGUUCCUUUGGUGGCUAAAAUCAAACUUAAGUAAAUUAGUUCAUAAUUGGGUGGAUAUUUACGGAAAUGAAUAAAAUGGAAUCAAAGCAAGAACCAGGGUCGAAAAAAAAUAGGAUGAGAGACAAGAACUGGCAAGACGAGGAAAAGGCAAUCCUGAAGAACUUAGUGAAAAAAUAUAUUCAGGAUAUAGAAAACAAAAAAUUGGACACAGACAGCAAUAAAAGGAAAUAUGAGGCAUGGAAAAAAAUCUGCACUAGUUUCAAUCAACAAUCAAAAUGUGGAACACGCACCAUUGAUCAGCUCAAGAUACGGUGGAAGUUGAUGAAGAUGAUGGCCAAAGCAAAGCGAACUGAUAAUAACUGCAGUAAGGCAUGCGAUUCACCAACCUCAUUCGGAGAUAGCAACUAUUCCAUGGAUAAUACAAAUGAGUCUUUUUCCUGUGACUCAUAUGCUGUGAAAAUGGAGCCACCAGAGAAAGUCACAGUUGAAGUGGAUAUACAGGAAGACACAGAUAUGCUUGACCAAUCGGAUUCAGAUGACUCUAUUCCAGAGACCAUCAGAAUCAGUAAACCAAGCUUGCAGCCUAUACCCAGUACAAAUUCAGUAUCAGAGCAAGUAAAACUAUAUAUGAACCACUUAGUGAAGAGUGCAAGCACUAUGCAAACAAAAUUAUACAAAUUGAAGACUGAAAAUGCGAAAAAGAAAGAACAUAUUUUGUUAAUGAAAAGGGAAUACUGGAGAAUUAAAUUGAAUUCUGUUGUCAUGUUUUAUUGCAGGUGGCAAAAUCCCUUCCACUCCACAAAACGAUUCACUUUAAAAUCAGACAUGGUUAUUUCUGUAGUGAAAAAUACAGGAGCAUCAUAAGAGUGAUUUUAAUUAAAAACAUCCAGCAAGAUCUUAGAUAACAUUGUCAGCACCCCAUCAGACAAGUUGAUGUGUGUUGUGUACAGUUUGCUUCAUACAUUUAUAUUGUGAAAAGAAUUAAGUUCAUUAGAUUACAUAUUUUUUUUAUUAAGUACCUACCUA